UACAGUAACCGGCAUGCUUUGCGUGUAAGAGUCUGGUUUCCUUUUGGUAGCCGGCAACGUGUGCUACAGAGCUGGGUAGGAUUGCCUUGAAGUGUCCCAGCUGCCUGUGCCGUGCCGAGCUGCUUUACCAUGACGGAACGGAAAGGAACUGCUAAGGUAGACUUCCUUAAGAAAAUUGAGAAGGAAAUCCAAGCAAAAUGGGAGAGUCAAAAGAUUUUCGAAGUCAAUGCCUCAGAUCAUCAGGCGCAGAACAGGAUAGACAAGUACCUUGUGACCUUUCCUUAUCCAUACAUGAAUGGGCGUCUUCACCUGGGGCACACGUUCUCCCUGUCUAAAUGUGAGUUUUCUGUAGGAUUCCAGAGACUGAAAGGCAAGACCUGCUUGUUUCCCUUUGGUCUUCAUUGUACUGGCAUGCCUAUCAAAGCAUGUGCAGAUAAGCUAAAGAGGGAAAUGGAGUUGUUUGGCUGCCCGCCUCAGUUUCCGGAAGAGGAGGAGGAGGAAGAUGAAGAUAUUAUGACAAAGAAAGAGGAUGAGCUGAUUAUAAAGGAUAAAGCGAAGGGUAAAAAGAGCAAAGCAGCAGCAAAGACUGGUUCAUCAAAAUACCAAUGGGGAAUUAUGACGUCUCUAGGCCUUUCAGAUGAAGAGAUAGUCAGUUUCGCUGAUGCUGAACACUGGCUUGGCUAUUUCCCUCCUCUGGCUGUGGAAGACCUUAAGAGCAUGGGAUUAAAGGUGGACUGGCGUCGUUCUUUCAUCACCACUGAUGUUAACCCCUACUAUGACUCCUUUGUAAAAUGGCAAUUUUUAACCUUGAAGGAGAGGAACAAGAUCAAGUUUGGCAAACGGUACACAAUUUAUUCACCAAGAGAUGGGCAGCCGUGCAUGGACCAUGAUAGACAGACUGGAGAGGGCGUCGGACCUCAAGAAUACACUCUGAUCAAAAUGAAGGUCCUUGAUCCUUAUCCAGCAAAGUUGAGUGGUCUGAAAGGAAAGAAUGUUUUCCUAGUAGCUGCCACUCUGCGGCCAGAGACCAUGUUUGGACAGACCAACUGCUGGCUCCGGCCUGACAUGCCUUACAUUGCGUUUGAGACUGCCACCGAUGAUAUAUUUGUCUGCACUCAAAGAGCAGCCAGGAACAUGUCAUACCAAGGUUUCACCAAAGAUAAUGGCGUUGUUCCAGUGGUUAAAGAACUAAUGGGCGAGGAUCUGCUAGGUGCUGCUUUGUCUGCCCCACUGACUUCUUACAAAGUGAUCUAUGCCCUUCCCAUGUUCACUAUUAAAGAAGAUAAAGGCACUGGGGUGGUAACCAGUGUCCCUUCUGAUGCUCCGGAUGAUAUAGCAGCCUUAAGAGACUUGAAGAAAAAACAAGCGCUGAGACUGAAGUAUGGGAUAAAAGAUGAAAUGGUUUUGCCUUUUGAGCCUGUACCCAUCAUUGAGAUCCCUGGCUAUGGAAACCUCUCUGCUCCAUUGGUCUGUGAUGAGCUGAAAAUCCAGAGUCAAAAUGAUAAGGAAAAGCUGAUUGAAGCGAAGGAGAAAGUAUACCUUAAAGGAUUUUAUGAGGGAGUCAUGUUAGUUCCAGGAUAUGAAGGCCAGAAGGUGCAGGAUGUCAAAAAACCCAUCCAGAGGGUGAUGGUUGAUAAUGGUGAGGCUAUGAUUUAUAUGGAGCCAGAGAAGCAGGUUAUUUCCCGUUCAGCUGAUGAAUGUGUGGUAGCACUGUGUGACCAAUGGUACCUGGAUUAUGGAGAAGAGAACUGGAAGAAACAGACUACAGAAUGCUUAAAGAACCUGGAGACGUUCUGUGAAGAGACUAGAAGAAACUUUGAAGCCACCAUGGGCUGGCUACAAGAACAUGCCUGCUCUAGAACAUAUGGCUUGGGUUCUCGCUUACCUUGGGAUGAGCACUGGCUUAUUGAGUCUCUUUCUGACUCUACAAUAUACAUGGCCUACUACACUGUAUGUCAUCUUCUGCAAGGGAAUGAUCUUUGGGGGCGGACAGACUCUCCUAUACGUAUCAGGCCAGAACAAAUGACCAAGGAGGUCUGGGAUUACAUAUUUUUCAAGAAAGCUCCACUACCUAAAACCACCAUCCCCAAAGAGAAACUGGACAAGUUAAAAAAUGAGUUUGAAUUCUGGUAUCCAGUAGAUCUGAGAGUAUCUGGAAAAGAUCUUGUCCCAAAUCACUUAUCCUAUUAUCUAUACAAUCAUGUGGCUAUGUGGCCUGAAGAUAGUGGCAAAUGGCCAGUGGCUGUGAGGGCAAAUGGACACCUGCUGCUGAAUUCAGAAAAGAUGUCCAAAUCCACCGGGAACUUUCUCACGUUGAGUCAGGCAAUUGACAAGUUCUCAGCAGACGGCAUGCGCCUUGCGCUAGCUGAUGCGGGUGAUACUGUGGAAGAUGCCAACUUUGUUGAAGCCAUGGCUGACGCUGGCAUUUUGCGAUUGUACACUUGGGUGGAAUGGGUUAAAGAAAUGCUGGCCAAUUUUGAUAGCCUGAGAAGUGGCCCAAGUCAUACAUUUAAUGACCGGGUGUUUGAAAGUGAGAUGAAUGCAGGGAUCCUGAAAACUGAGCAAAACUAUGAAAAAAUGAUGUCCAAGGAAGCGCUAAAAACAGGAUUCUUUGAGUUUCAGGCUACAAAGGAUAAAUACAGAGAGUUGGCCAUUGAAGGCAUGCACCGAGAUCUAGUCUUUCGAUUUAUUGAAACUCAGACGCUGCUGUUGGCUCCAAUCUGCCCACACUUGGGUGAAUAUGUAUGGUCACUACUGGGGAAGCCUGAUUCACUGAUGAGCGCCUCUUGGCCAGUUUCGGGACCUGCGGAUGAGGUGCUGAUCCGCUCCUCACAAUACCUCACGGAAACUGCUCAUGAUCUACGACUACGACUUAAAAAUUACAUGGCUCCGGCUAAGGGGAAGAAAGGCGACAAAGUUCCACCUCAGAAGCCGUCUCAUUGCACCAUCUAUGUGGCAAAGACAUAUCCUCCGUGGCAGCACAUAACUUUAUCAACGCUCCGCAGGCAUUAUGAGGCUAAUGCUGGCCAACUCCCAGAUAACAAAAUAAUAGCGACUGAGCUAAACAGCUUACCAGAACUGAAGAAGUACAUGAAACGAGUGAUGCCAUUUGUUGCCAUGAUCAAGGAAAAUCUAGAAAAGAAAGGACCCCGUAUUCUGGAUCUACAGCUGGAAUUUGACGAGCAAACUGUUCUUCUAGAAAACAUUGUCUAUCUGACCAACUCUCUGGAUUUGGAUCUGAUUGAGGUGAAAUUUGCUUCGGAUGCAGAUGAUAAAAUUAAGGAAGAGUGUUGCCCAGGGAAACCGUUUUCUGUCUUUAGAACAGAGCCUGGAGUGCCUGUGUUCCUAGUGAACCCACAGCCAGCAAACGGCCACUUCUCCACGAAGAUAGAGAUCCGGCAGGGAGACAGCAGAGAUUCAGUAAUAAGACGUCUAAUGAAGCUUGAUCGUGGGAUCAAAGAUGUCACAAAGGUGAAGCUCAUGCGGUAUGAUGACCCACUGCUGGGGCCACGUCGUGUUCCGGUUCUCGGUAAAGAAGAAAGUGGUAAAACUGUGAUACCUCCGCAAGCUGCUUUCCACAUUGACCUGAAUGAGAAGAGAGUGCACAUUGCAGACAAUGGCCUGAAGACAGACAUUGGAAACACGUUGGUGUACAUGGUGGACUGAAUGGAAGCAGUUGGAAUGAAUAAACAUAGCACUUCAUACAGUGGAAAAUUACAGUAUUCUGGUUUUGCUAAAGACAGAAAUAUUCAGGAAGUCUUUUCAUAGGAAUCAUGUAUUUUUAUGAAUUGUCCUGCCAAAACAUUGGUAAUUGUGCAAUAUUAAUGCCACUGCUGUUAGAGGUAUCAUUUGUUUCUAGAAGGGACAGGAUUUCAUUGCCAGCUCCACUGACAGUGCAGAGGUUACAAAGAAUUUUAAAUCUUCUUAAUUUAAUAUGUUUCCCAUAUGAACUAUUAAGCUUUGUUGUCUCAUAUUUAAAAUAAAACCAGAUCUUGUUUAAA